AUGUUUCGCAAGGCAAAACAACGCAGUUUACGUGGUCGAACGGACACCGAUAACAACGAAGAUGAUCAAGCAAAUGUAUCGGACAGUCAACCGCCUUCAAUUGUUAUCCAGCAGCAAACAGUUACUACGAAAACUGUGGUUAAAAAAGCUGACGUUCCAAAAUCGCUGCUGAGUUUCGGUGAUGAUGAUGGCGAUACGGAAGAAUUCAAAGUGAAUAAAUCACGUGAAAGUCGUAAAAUGACCAAAGAACUUAAAAAGCAACAACAGAUGCAGCAACCAACACCGACUGUAGUAAUUGAACAAACUACGACGAUAACUAAAACUACAUCGGUCGAAGAAGUGGUUCCAGUUAAAGAAGAAAGUUCAAAUGGUGAACUGGAGAUUAAAUUUAAGCCACUUCAAAUUGUUCCCAACAAAUCGUCAGCCAAUUCGUUUACAAGUACAAAUAUGGAAAUCCAACGUUUACGAAAAGAAAUGCGAGCCAUGAAUGGUCAGUCGAGUGCUGUUGCUGAUUUCGAUGAAAUUGAAGGGAUUAUCGAAGGCAACGAAGAUGAUGAAGAUGUCAAUGAAGUAGAUGAGACUCAACGCUCAGUUAAACUAAUGUUAAGAAGCGGUGUCAUUCCUGAUUCAACGAUGAUCCAUGCAGCACGUAAACGGCGUCAAAUGGCACGAGAAAUGGGCACACCUGGUGAUUAUAUGUCAUUAAAUACUGCUGAAAACGGAUCAUCGAAUCAAAAGUCUCGUUUAAUUCGCGAUGAUGAUCAAGAUGCAAGUGAUGAUAGCGCAGCAGAGGAUCCUCAUAUAGUUAGUAUGGAUCGAAAUACAACUCGAGCAGAAAAUGAACGGCAGAAAAAUCGUGAUCGAUUUUUGGAAUUGGAACAAGGUAGCGACAAUGAUGAAGAUGAUGAAGAAUUUCGUCGUUUUGAACAUGAACAAAUUCGCAAAGGUGUCAGUUCAAAAUUGUCAACAAUCAAUUCAUUGGCUUCCUCCUCUUCCAAAUCUCAAUUACCUCAAUCAGAUGCGAAAAAUCCGUCGUCAGCGCUGGUUGAACCACAGCCAAUGGAAAUUGAAAUCACACGUGAAUUACCACCACUUGAAUUGCCAUCUGUAACGUUUGAUACUAUUCGAGACCGUCUACGCGCAUCCCUUCAAUCGACAAUCGAAUCGAAUGAGAAACACAAGAUCGAAUUAGGAAAAGCUCAACAAGCAUAUGAUGCGAGUAAAACAUCAUUAGAGAAGAAUAAAGUCAAUUAUCCUGAAAUGGAAAAGUCUUAUCAGUUCUAUCAAAAAUGCCGUGCUUAUCUUUAUUCCUUCGUUGAAUGUUACAAUGAGAAAAUAAUAACAAUCAUAGAUCUUGAAGAUCGCUGGCUGCAGUUGUACAAACAGAGAACCGAUAUGAUUAUAACCCGUCGUCAAGAAGAUAUCAAAGACCAAUGUGUAGAAUACUCCACAGUAAAAGCGUUAGCAUUUGUCAAUGGAACAUUACCGACAAACGAUUUUCGGACAGCAUUGGAUCAAAAACGGCAACGUCGAGCCACUGAACGUGAAGCCCGACGGCUGAGAAGACGAAAGGAUCGUGAGCAAAGUUCAACUUCACACUAUGAUGGUAUGUCGACGGACGAUGAAGAAAAUCAAUCGGAUAUUAACACAUUCUCCACACAAAAACAAGAAAUUCUAAAUGAAGCUGAACAUGUUCUCGACGAUGUGUCGGAUGAAUUUUCCAAGUAUCGAAAAAUCAAGACGAUAUUCGAACAAUGGAAAUAUCAGUUAAAUGAAUCAUACACGGAUGCAUAUGUUGAAAUAUGUCUACCAAAAGUAUUUUCACCGUUAAUACGUAAAGAAAUGAUCGACUGGAGACCAUUCGAAGCUUCAUGUCGUCCUAUAGAAUCGUUCAAUUGGUAUCAAGACUUACUCUUUUAUGGAGUAAAAAAUGGUGACAAUGAAGACGAAGAAUUUCCAUUCAUGCCUUUGGUCAUCGAAAAAGUGAUCAUACCAAAAUUGACGAUUAUUGUCGAAAAUAUCUACGAUCCAUUAUCAUCCAAACAAACGAAUCAUCUUGUAAAAACAAUUGAAACUAUCUUUCAGACUUAUCCAACAAUGACAAGUGAUAGUAAAGCGGUUCAGACUUUAUUAAAAGCUACUGUUGAUCGAUUGCAACGUUCACUGGAUGAUGACAUAUAUAUUCCUCUAUAUCCGAAAGAGAUCAUCGCACUUGGUUCAUCUCGAACAUCAUCGAAUAGUUCAGCAAUUGCUGCAACAGAAUUUUUCUUUCGACAGUAUUGGACUUGCGUGAAAUUGUUAGAAAACAUAACAAGUUGGUCACAAGUUUUAUCGUUGAAAACCAUUCUUGAUUUGUCCAUCGAUGGUCUUCUCAAUCGUUAUAUCUUAUUAGCAUUGAAACAAAUGGAUCUAACAUCAAAUGAAAUGAUUACACGUUGUUUAUUACUAGCAAAAUGUUUUCCAAUCAAACAAUGGAUUGAUAAUAACAAAACUCUCCUAGCUGAUCAAAUGAAUGAUACGACAUUACCAGCAUUAGAAAACUUCUGUUCAUUUUUGAAUCAAAUGGCACAAGAGUAUUCUGCAUUGGUCUUUAGUGCAAAUGAAAAAGAUGCCAAAGUGUAUAAAGAAAAUAUUCGACAAAUUCGUGUUAUUUUUGUUCAUCUUCACGCAUUGGAUCAUGCCCUCAAGCUUACCAAUGAUUAUGAGAUCAAAUAA